AUGGGCAACAAAAAAUCAAGUUGGGUUUGGCAAUAUGCAAAAAAAAAAGAAAAUAUUGCAUUGUGUCUUUUAUGCGAUGAAAAUGAAAAUAACGAGUUUAUUUGCAAUGGAGGUACAACUGGAUCUAUUGGGCGUCAUCUUACGGCGAUUCAUUCCAUGAGUAGCAAUACAAGAGAAAAAAGAAGACACAAUUCUGGUUCAGAUAAUGAGGUGCUUAAUACUAGAAAUAAUUGUGAAUCUAUAACAGACAAUUUUAAUAGCCAAGCCAUUACCUCUUCAAAUACUGUAGACCUUCCAAUCGAAAACGCCAAAAAAAGAAAUAAAAUGAACACUACGGCAGAUAGACUUCUGAGCUCUGAAAGAAUUGAAGAAAUUCAUAAAGCCCUUUCGAAAAUGAUAGCUAUAAAUCAGAUGCCUAUAUCAUUUUGUUCAAGUCCCGGUUUCAAACAUUUCAUGAACGUUGUUGAACCAAAUUAUAAGCCAUGUUCUACAGAAAGUGAAUCAUAUAUUACAAUUAUCUGCCACACUAUCGAUAAACAAUGGAUUCCAAAAUCAUUUACAUUGACUACUCAUGAAGUUGACGAGCGACACACAGCUGUGAAUAUAGCACGUCAUUUAGAGAAAUCACUUGUAGAGUGGGAUAUCGAAAAAAAAGUUAUUGCAAUAGUAACAGAUAACACUGCAAAUGUCAUCAGUGCUGUAUCACAAUUAGAACUAAAUGAUAAUAUGGAAAAAUCUGGAUUAACAUGUGCAGCACAUUCUUUGCAGCUAGCUGUUAAUAAAACUCUUUCGGAUGAUGAAAUUCAAAGUAUUCUAAUGAAGUCAAGUAAAAUUGUUGGUCAUUUUAAACAUUCAUCGAUAGCAAUGAAGGCUUUGGAAAAAAUGCAACAACAACUUAAUAUCCCAAAAUUAACUCUUUUACAAUAUUGCAAAACGAGAUGGCAUUCUAGUUUUUUAAUGUUAGAAAGAUUAUAUUUAAAUAGAACACCUAUCAUGAAUGUUCUCUCAGAUCGUACCAUUACAGUAUCCAGUAUUGCUCAAAAAUUAGAAAUGUUAGAAUCUGAAUGGUCAGUUAUUGAAAAAUUAUUAGUACUUCUGAAACCAUUGCAAGCUCUUACUACAUUAUUUUCCGGAGAAUUAGAAUCUUUCGUUUCAAUGGUACGACCUUUAAUACAUAAGAUUUUAACUUCCCACUAUGAACAUGCUGUCGAAGAUGAUAGUAUGAUGGAACGAUUUAAAAAUACAAUUUCAUAUCAACUAAAUACUCGUUUUGAAUUAAUAUGGAACGAAAUUGUAUCUGCAAGACACAUCGCUUCUUUUCUUGAUCCAAGAUAUAAAGAUAUGGAUUAUGAACCUGUAGAGGCUAGAGAGAUAAUUCGUUCAUAUGUCUUGCAGCUUAUUCAAUCAAGCGCUCCGACCAUUACAAAUCAUAACGAAGAAGAAAAAAACGAUUUUCAGAUGAGUAAUGUGUAUAGGAAAUAUUGUGACACCAAAAAGAAGUUGCCUUCUUCCUGA